AACUAAAUUUUCAUUUUGCAACAUAAAUAAACACAAUAGAGAAAAGAGAGCGACGCUCAAUUUCGGCGAAUCGGCGGAAUGGGAACAAAUAUCAUCGCUCAGUGGCGUCUACUCCGGCGAGCUCUCGACCACGGCCGAUGGCUAGGUCCAUGUUAUCGCAAUUAUUCCAUUUUCAGUCGCUCUGAAAUACUCCUUGGAAGUUCGUCAUCAUCUUCCUUUUCAGCCGCUCCCUCCCAUCGCAGUGCGCCGGACUUUCAGUCCCCCACCCUACCUUUUCAGCACUGUCGACCUCUAUGCUCAGCGUCAGAUCCUUCGAAUAUUAUCAUGAUAAAGUCUGAAGAUCAAUUCAAGAAGUCACUUGGGAAAGCACAAGAUGAAGCUUUUCCGGCAAUUUUCUACUUCACAGCUGCCUGGUGUGGUCCUUGCAGAUUGUUAUCCCCUGUAAUCAAAGAAUUGAGUAAGAACCAUCCGCAGGUGACAACAUAUAAAAUUGACAUUGAUCAGGAGGGACUCGAAAGAGCUUUGAAUGACUUAAAUAUUACCUCUGUGCCAACACUUCAUUUCUUUCAGAGUGGCAAAAAGGCAGGGGAGAUUAUCGGUGCUGAUGUUGCAGGCAUAAAAAAUAUCAUGGAGAAGCUUUACAAAUGACCUCCUCACGCAUUUUGGUGGUUCAUCUCUUUUCAAGCAGGUUUACCAUUUGACACGUUGACUCUCUAGCCAUGCCUGCUUAUCUAGUUUUAAUAAUGAAAUUUGAUACCCAGCAGACUGUAAUGAAUGUAAUGUAGUUGUAACCAGAUCGAUCUGUCGCUUCAUGUGACGAUUGGCAGAUGGGAAUCAUCCUUAUACGGAAUUCGCCUUUAGUAGCACUGGCAUAAGGAGUGUUUGAACCUCUGACUUGAACUUGAAGGAAAGGAAUAUUUUUCAAUUUGUAGUUAUUUAAAGUACAUUUAAGAGUCAAUAAUUGAGGUGCCAACUUAGGGCUGUUGAGUGUUUGUGUUUGUAGAUUUAAAUUUUAUUUUUAAAAAGGAAAAACUAUUUAUUUUCA